AUGCAUACCGAUACUUCGGAGAGUAUCAUUCGCACGAUACAUGAUUUCAUCGAGGAGGAGCGUCGCCACAAUUUUUGCUUCCUUGGAAAGCAUGCGCAUCGAUUCAUGGGCCAUCGCGACCUUUUGAUCGUGUCACUUGCUACUUGCGACGAUAUUCGUGCAGCAUUAGGACAUAGCGGCGAUGUGCACCCCCAAGAGUACACCCAAGACUGGUACACAUUCGAAGAACCCAAGGGCAACAAUCCGAUUCAUACCGUCGCCAUAGCUCUCACGCAUGGAGAGAACCUCAGAAUCGAGAAUUUGGCCAUCUGUAUACCCCGACGCAAACCUGAGCCCUGCUUCAUCCGAGCGGAUGCGUGGCUCCGAGAAACGUACAACUGGGAUGACGAGUGGGAUAUGAGAUUCACCAAGAUGCAAUACGAGAAGCAGCAAGCUUGGUGGAAGAAUAACGGUCAAAGCUUCAGAAUCUUUGACUUGCCACAAGAGCUUCGCGAUGCUGUAUACCUUCAGAUGGUUGGUCCGGUAGUUCUACCAGACACUCACCAUGGAAGGGUCGUCAUCGGAAAGGGUUUAUCGUACGGCAGCGCGGAACGACUGGGACGAAAUCGCGACGCCGAUAUCGAUCGCGCCAACAUGACCGUAAUGCGCCUGGAAAUGUCAGCCGCAGCGUACUUCGCGUCCAUCAACAUCGUGCCCGGCCACAACGAUCCUUUCGCAAGCCAAGUGGGCGCCUUUGAACUACGCAACCUAACCAGGUUUCCCGCCCUCCGCAACCUCGACUUCCGCUUCAUCAGCCCCAAACACCCCGGCGCUCUCUGCCCGUGGGCUAAGGCAGAUGGCACGAGUGUCCACGGCGCACACGCUUGUCAGAAAAUCUGGAUCGAUUGGCUCUUCACGCUUGCAUGGCGUACACUGCGGACACUGGGCGCAUCUCACCCCGUGCGCUACACACUCUCAGGUUGCGUCAAGACGAGCACUAAACUACUCUGGGAGCGAUUAUUGAACGACGCGCACACUGAUCAAACAGUUGAUAUGCAAGCUGAGGAAGCGAUGAUCAGAGCGACACAUGGACCGGGUGAGUGCAAGUGCACGACACGAUGCUCGCGGAAAGAGGCAGGGGAGGGCAGAGUUUGCGUAUUCACAGAGUACGAGAUCAAGGCCAUCGAUGGUCUGGAGCAACAUGUUGAUGAUAUGUAUUGGAGGUUUGAGGAUUAG